AUGAAUCAACAACACCAGCGGAACGGAAACAGUCAGAAAGCCCCUCAGGGAAACAACACCACACUCACCAUGACAACGGGUGUCAGCCAGUGCUUUGCCUUUGACUCCCAGUUCAACUGCCGGGCCGUGGAGAUGACCCGCCUCCCCUCCGGACCGCCCUCCACCAAAGCAGCGGAGCCACACCUCCGGAUCGCCCUUGUUGGGAAAACCGGAGUUGGGAAGAGUGCGACAGGAAACACACUGUUAAGAAAAAGGGUUUUUCAUUCUAAACUCUCGUCUUCUUCACUGACAUCAGAGUGUCAGAAGGAAACAGCAGAGUUCGGUGGUCAGACGCUGGCUGUGGUCGAUACUCCAGGUCUGUUCGACACCAGUAAGACUGAGGAACACGUGAGGAGCGAGAUCGCUAAAUGCAUGUCGUACGCUGCUCCUGGUCCUCAUGUGUUCCUGGUUGUUCUCCAGCCAGGCAGAUUCACCAAAGAAGAGCAAGACACAGUGAAAAUCAUCCAGCAGAUGUUUGGAGAGAAGGCAGCAGCGUACACCAUGGCUGUGUUCACCCACGGAGAUGACCUGAAGGAUGAAGAGCGCUCCAUCGAGGAACUGAUAGCAGAAAAUCCAGCUCUCCGUGACUUCGUCAGUCAGUGCCGUGGAGGAUACCAUGUUUUUGACAACAAAGACAAAAGUCCAGGACAAGUGAGUGAGCUGCUGAAAAAGAUCAAUACGAUGGUUCAGAGAAAUGGAGGAAGCUACUUCACCAACGACAUGUUCCAGGAGGCUGAGCGAGCGAUACGAGAAGAGAUGGAGCGACUUCGGAGGCAGAACCCCUCAAUGGAAUUAAAAGAAGCAAGAAGACUGGCGGAGAAAGACAACCGGUUCAAUCGGGCCGUCCGGCAGGGCGCUGCCAUUGGAGCUGUGGCUGGCUUUCUGGGAGGUCCAGUGGGAGCUGCAGUGGGAGCUGCUGUGGGAGCUUUACUGGGAGCGAUAACUGGGGCCGUGCAGAAAAAUGCAUGCAGCAUACAGUGAUGGGCUGUUGUCUGUUAGCUGCAGCUCAUAGAGCCGCUGCAACAUGGAGCUGCAGGAACAUCAUCAGCAUAGUGUCUUUACCAGUAACUUGUCUGUUUUAGCUGUUACUUCUGUAUUUUAGAAAUGAGUCUUAUAUGAAAGCUACAAUGUGGGAUUUCUACAUUUAAGUUAAGCAAAGUAAGGGCUUGAAAGUACCAGAUGCUGAGUCAGUCUGAGUUCUAACUACAUCUCUUUGUGUUUCACCGUUCACCAGCGUU